CCAACUCUUGUGUCUGCCUGUGAGCUUCUUCUUCUUCCACCUCUCACACACACACACACACACACACACACACUCACACACUCAGCAGCCUGUCUCUGCACUGAGGACACCCUGGGGUGUGUGUGAGAGAGACAGAGUGUGUCCAACUGUUUGUGCUGGAUCUUUAAUCCCCUUUUCAUCCCAAAGAGUGAGUCUCAGUCCGCCUGUAACCUCAUCACACAGGGGAAGAAAACAUGACGGACGCAGCGACCAACAUGCGGCUGAAGCUGCCGAUCACCUGCUUCAUCCUGGAGAUCAUCCUCAUCAUCCUCUUCGGCGCUCUGGUGCAGUACGACAACGAGACGGACGCCCGGGAAUGGCACCACAUGAACCACUCUGACUACGACAACGACUUCUACUACCGAUACCCAAGUUUCCAGGAUGUGCACGUGAUGAUCUUCAUCGGCUUCGGCUUCCUCAUGACCUUCCUGCAGCGCUACGGCUUCAGCAGCGUGGGCUUCAACUUCCUGAUCGCAGCGUUCGCCCUGCAGUGGGCCACGCUCAUGCAGGGCUUCUUCCACGGUAUGCACGGAGGCAAGAUCCACAUUGGGGUGGAGAGUAUGAUCAACGCUGAUUUCUGCACCGGCUCUGUGCUCAUUUCAUUUGGAGCCGUUUUGGGUAAAACCAGCCCGGUGCAGCUGCUGAUUAUGGCGAUGUUCGAGGUCACACUGUUUGCUGUCAAUGAGUUCAUCCUGCUGUCGCUUUUAGGGGCCAAGGACGCCGGCGGCUCCAUGACCAUCCACACGUUCGGAGCCUACUUCGGCCUCAUGGUGACCCGAAUCCUGUACCGACCCAACCUGGAUAAGAGCAAACACAGGAACAGCUCAGUCUACCACUCGGACAUGUUUGCCAUGAUCGGUACCAUCUACCUGUGGAUGUUCUGGCCGAGCUUCAACUCUGCCAUCACAGCUCACGGAGACGACCAGCACCGCACCGCCAUGAACACCUACUACUCCCUGGCAGCCUGCACUGUGGCCACCUACGGCAUGUCUGCUCUCACAGCCCACGACGGGAAGCUGGACAUGGUUCACAUCCAGAACGCCGCGCUGGCCGGAGGAGUCGCCGCGGGAACAGCUGGUGAAAUGAUGCUGACGCCGUACGGAUCCAUGAUCGUCGGUUUCUUGGCCGGCGUCAUCUCUGUUCUGGGCUUCAAGUUCCUCUCACCCAUCCUGGAGGACAAACUGAAGAUCCAGGACACCUGCGGCGUCCACAACCUGCACGGCAUGCCCGGCGUCCUGGGCGCCAUCGUGGGAGCAGUGACUGCUGCCGUGGCAACCACAGACGUUUACGGAAAAGGUAUGGUGGAUGUAUUCCCUGAUGUGGCGAGCGGAGACAUUCAAGCAUCUUACCAGGGCGUUCGUCAGGCCAUUUCCCUCGCCGUCACCCUUGGCAUCGCCCUCGUGGGAGGCCUCAUUGUCGGGUUCAUUCUGAAGCUUCCUGUCUUCGGUGCUCCUCCUGACACCAUCUGCUUUGAGGACAGCAUCUACUGGGAGGUGCCCGGAGACGAGGAGGGACACGGGGACCAGCUGACGGCUGUGAGGACGCCGGAGACUGAGAAGCUCAACAGUUAGACACACACACUGACACAAUCACACAAACACGCACACUCUGAGGUUUUAACAUCCCAGCACUUGAGUCUUGCACCCUCUAGGUUGUGAAAAAUACAAACAUACCUGCAUUGUGUUCAUGCCAGCUGCAAAAAUAUCUGUUUUUAUAUGUAAAAACGUUUAAAAAAUCAUUUUUUUUAAUCUGCAGAAAUAAAAAAUAAAGCCUCAAAGUAACCACUUAGACAGAGCGUGCACUAGAGGUUGAUCUCGAGCUGUGGGAGUCUGCUCCCGGCCUGUGAGGAGUCUGAAUUAGGAAACAAGGUGUCGAAUGAAAGAUGCUGUUUAAUUGUCACCUAAACUCGUCCAAGACACGCUUACAGAAUUUAAUUUCAGCAGCUGCUUCAAACCAAAGACAAACAGACUCAAACCUCUGUUCAACAGGAACACUGAGUCAAAUAUAACAUUUAAAAAUGAGUUACAUUUUCACAAUAAACCAGUUUUCUGUAUACUAAAUAAUGGAUUUUCAUGCAAAACAAUGCAGAAGCAUAUUGAUGGUUUUUUUUUAUAUAUGUGUGUGUAUUAUCUCCUAAUACUUUAGGUUUGGGAUUUUCUGUGAUUUUAUUUUCAUAUUAAACUGCUUAGGUAGAACAGAAAUAUCACGUUGGUUCAGUCAUGUACUUUUAUAUCGAUCGUAUGUCGGACCUUUAAAGAUCUUUAGAUUGGCCCUAAAUCUGUUUGCAACCACUUUAUGUGAGUUAUAAGUAUUUUUGGAUUAGUUUUUGGCAAAAAUAAAUUGUUAAAAUGU